UCGUUCAAUAAUAACAUGCACGCUCCACGUGUCGGAACGGGAACUAAUUCUAGCGUGGCAGUCGGGUGUGGGAGAUAAGACUGGUGUGGUGUUCUAGCAGGAAUUGAUAAUGGCUCUGGGUUGUAUCUCGCGAUCGGUUCUUAGGAAUAGUUUGCAGGUUCGCGUGGAGAAUAUGCUGUUUCCAGGGGUGCGGAAAAUGUCCUCCUCACAAUCGAACAAAAAGAAAACGACAAAACUAAAGAAUAUGUUGAACUCCAAGAAACUGGAAUUUAUCAUGGAAGCUCACAACGGCCUAAGUGCACGGAUUGUGGAAGAAGCUGGUUUCAGUGGCAUUUGGGGGAGUGGUUUAUCCAUAUCAGCUCAGCUUGGGGUGCGAGACAGCAAUGAAGCAUCAUGGACUCAGGUUGUUGACGUUAUCGAGUUCAUGAGUGACGCUACGUCAAUACCCAUCCUGCUAGACGCUGACACCGGAUAUGGAAAUUUUAACAAUGCGCGCAGGCUUGUACGGAAGUUGGAAGAUAGGGGUAUUGCAGGUGCAUGUUUAGAAGAUAAAUUAUUUCCAAAAACAAAUUCACUUCAUGAUGGUCGAGCACAACCUCUUGCAGACAUUGAAGAGUUUGCUCUGAAGAUUAAGGCCUGUAAAGACACACAGACGGACCCGGAUUUCUGCAUUGUUGCUCGAGUUGAAGCUUUCAUCGCUGGAUGGGGAUUAGAUGAAGCUUUAAAACGAGCGGAAGCGUACAGAAAUGCAGGUGCUGAUGCAAUUCUAAUGCACAGUAAGAAGAGUGAUCCUUCGGAUAUUGAAGCCUUCAUGAAAGCCUGGAAUAAUCAGGGGCCCGUCGUUAUUGUACCGACCAAGUAUUACAAUACCCCCACGCAGCAUUUCCGUGACAUGGGUGUUUCAAUGGUAAUUUGGGCCAAUCACAACUUACGAGCUUGCGUUACAGCUAUGCAACAAACUACUGCUACAAUUUACAAAGACCAGUCUCUGACGGGGGUAGAGAAAAAUGUUGCUUCUGUCAAAGAAGUGUUCCGUCUACAGAGAGAUGACGAGUUGGUGAAGGCAGAGGAUAUAUAUCUCCCUAAAAAGUAGGGACCAGUCUCAAUCCAAGGCAGCAGCGUGUAGUGAGAUGACUAUGUAAUGAUUAUGUGAUUCUGGGGCUGUAUAUUACAAGGUUUUAUACACUUAGGGGUAAUUUUAUUUAUUUCUAUGCAUAUUUCUUGGACUUGGCUAUAACUCGAAGCUAUAUUGCUAUUUUUAGUCUCUCAAUUAUCUUACUCUUACUUUUAUGCAGUCUACAAUGUAAUUUAUUUCUUGUGUUGUGAUACAUGUAAACGGUUUACAAGACUUUGGAUAACCAAAAAGUUAUAUCUACUUAUACAGCCUAUUAUUUUAGCGCGUUCAUGCUUACAGAACGUCAAUCGUGGAUUAGGCUUUGUGCAUCCAUAAAAAGUACACAAUUAAGAUUGAUUUAACAAAAUAUUAUUAUGCAUUCCGUACUUAUUGUUGAAUCUCAUUCUUUGUAUUUUGGAUCCCACACAUAAACUUUACAUUUCGCAUGUAUAUCUCAGGGAUCAGCGAAUCUCUUUGUUAAUUGUUUUGAAAAUCUCUUUUUUUUUAUUCAGAAUUAUUUAUUAGUCCCAACUUAAUAUUAUUUGGUGCCUUUGCAUAAAAUUACCAUUUAUUAGUACCUACUUUUUUUUUAUUAUGGAGUACAAAGUACAUUUAUAUACAUUUCAAUUUUUAUGGCCAUAAACUCAUAAAUACAUAUUUAUGAUGGAAUUUAUACUUAUAUAUAUAACUAAAUGGCAUAAUACUUGUACAUGGUGUAUUAUGAAAUUGAUACUAUAUUUUGUAUUUAUGUGGGGGAUAUCAGACCUUUCUGCUUUGAAUCAGUAACAUGAUCACAUACAAUAAACUUUGGUUUUGGGCUCUACAUUUAUACAUUGCUGGUUUUGUGAGGAAUAUUGUUUUUAAAUCAAAAUUGUCGCAAAAAUGUAAAAUAAAUACAUGAAAUCCA